ACGUGAGCAAACCAAAGAAGAAGCGGGAGGAAGAGCGGAGCAGAACCGGACUGAGCAGGCAUGGAGGACCAGAACCAGAACCUGGAGCAGAACCUGGACUCAGACCAGAACCAGGACACGGACCUGGAGUCGGACCAGAACCCGGACCAGGACUGGGUCUCGUCCUCUGCUCCCAGGAAGCAGAAGCAUAAAGGGAACCCUGGAUCCAGGCACCUCUGCUGUCCUCUCUGUCCUAAAACCUUCAAAUCAGCUCAGAGGCUCAAGGCCCACCAGGUCGUUCACAGUAAAGAGAGACCACACACCUGUGGUGACUGUGGCGCUUCGUUCAAAGUGGUCAACUCUCUGAAACUCCAUCAGCGUAUUCACACCGGAGAGAAACCCUACAGUUGUGUAGACUGCGGCGCCUCCUUCUCUGUGUCCAGCUCCUUAAAGAAACACAUGAGGGUUCACACAGGGGAAAAACCCUUCAAGUGUGAUGUGUGUGGGAAACGUUUCAGCGAGUCGAGCGCAGUAACGGUACACAAACGGAUGCACACAGGAGAGAGACCGUACAAGUGUGAUCUGUGUGGGAAAGGAUUUACAAUUCAGGGUGCUCUGGAAACACACCGACGAGUGCACACUGGAGAGAAACCCUUCUGGUGUUCGCAGUGUGGGAACCGUUUCACAACCAAAGCAUCUCUGGUGUCCCAUGUGUCGAGUCACAUGGAUGUGAAACCGUACAUAUGUGGCGAGUGUGGCGCCAACUUUAUUCAUAAGAAAUCCCUGAAACACCACCAGCAGGUUCACUCCGGGUACCAGUGUGAGAAAUGUGGGGAGAUGUUCCCCACGGCGCUGAUCCGAGCCAAUCACAGGCGCAGCCACAAGUGGAUAGAGAUGCUGAGGAACAGAAAGAGGUCGGCACCAACCCUGUCUCCAGCUCAGAGAGAUGCAGCAACAGCCGCUCCUGGACCCAGUCAUCAAACUCUGAUCAGGAAUCAGCUGGAACCAGUGGUUCACCUGAAAGACCCAGUGGUUCACCUGAAAGACCCAGUGGUUCACCUGAAGGACCCAGUGGUUCACCUGAAAGACCCGGUGGUUCACCUGAAAGACCCGGUGGUUCACCUGAAAGACCCGGUGGUUCACCUGAAAGACCCAGUGGUUCACCUGAAGGACCCGGUGGUUCACCUGAAAGACCCGGUGGUUCAGCUGAAGGACCCAGUGGUUCAGCUGAAGGACCCGGUGGUUCAGCUGAAGGACCCGGUGGUUCACCUGAAAGACCCGGUGGUUCAGCUGAAGGACCCAGUGGUUCACCUGAAGGACCCAGUGGUUCACCUGAAGGACCCGGUGGUUCACCUGAAGGACCAGUGACUCAACUGAAUGGUCCAGUGGUUCUUUGUUCAGUAGUUCAGUUUAAACCUAGUUAGGGUUCUUGGACAUCUGUGACAUCAUCUCUUUAAUGUGUUUUAUUACCUUUUAUUGGUGUUUCUUGUCUUAUCCUGAUGAAUUUAAUGUGAUCCUGGAAAUAUUGGUGAACUCAUAUUUCUGUGGUUAUUUUUUAAAUAAAACUUUUUGCUGCAUCAAUCAGUUUUCUGCUGAAUCAUCACUUCCUGGUCGGUGUGUCUUUGUGGUUCUGGAUGUUUCUAACGUCUCUCUCUGCUCACAAGUUCAUCCAUGAUUUUCAGUCCAGUGAUUGUUUAAAGUGGUCUGGUUUGAGUUCUCCAGGCUUCCUGAAGUUCUUUCAGAACUUCAUGGACCUCUGGGCUCUGUCACAUCUCCAUUCAUAUUUUUUCUGAACCAUCCCAUAAUUUGCUGGUCUGGGUUGUUGCCAUCAGAAGGAAACU